CUCCGUCUGAACUUCCGGUCGGAUCCGCUGGUUCUGCUGCGGUUCUGGUUCCGAGGAUGGAGUAGAAAUGGACCGGGACCGAAGCCUGUUCCUGCGAGCCCUGGACAGAACGGAGAGACGAUCCGAUGGAGGAUACAAGCACAACUGGAGCUUCUCCCUCCCUGGAGAUGGAGGGGACGAGCCCGGACACCAGUCGGUGAGCGUGGACGACAUGGACCUGCAGCAGACGGCGCCCCCGGAGGGACAAACGUCUUCGUCCUUCAGGAACUUCAGCCAGUCUAGUUCCCUGAGAACCUACGAGAACCGAACCAACAACCACAUGAGGCCUCUGAACCAGCCGCCCCCCCACAGGCUCAGCGACGCCCCCCUGGCGGUGCCGACGGCCCCCCCGGCCCCCAACAGAACCAACGUCUUCAUCAUCGGCCCUGCGUCGCCCCAGGGAAUCGUGCUGCAGGGCCGGCACUUCCAGCACGCUCAGCUGCCCUCCACGGCCCGGAAACCGGUGCAGAGGGACGAGCUGAGCUCCACGCAGCAGCCGCUGGAGGUGGACAGCAUCGUCCUCACCUGUCCAGAGGUCCCAGAGGAGGAGACUCUGAACAUCAAACGGCGGGUUCAGCAGAAGAGGAAGCCGCUGGAGAUCUGCACUUUCUCCCCGCAGAUCAAAUCCUCAGAGCCCCCCCGGCCCGCCUGCAGCCCCCCCGCCUGCCCGAGGUGCAGCAAGGACGGCGGCUGGUGUCAAACCUGCGGGACCGGAGCCUCGUCCCCCCCGACCCCCCGGCCCCCCAUCAGGCCCGGGACCAGGACCCAGCCCGGGACCGGGACCCAGACCCCCCCGGGACCAGCCUUCUACCGGCCGGGGGCCUCCAUGAGGCUGUCCGACGCCGGGCUGCUACCGCUAACCAACGGCAAGACCCAGGCCCCGCCCCCUAGAGGGAGGAGGGCCCCGGCGGGGGCGAAGCACGCCCUCAACGACCCCAUCGUCCUCUCCAGCGACGACGAGGAUGCCGACGACACGGCCAGCACGGGCAGCAUCAACAGGAUGGACAGCGUGUCGCCGCGCCCCGCAGACUCCGCCCACUCGUCGCCGGCGCCCUCCGGUGGCCGGGUGGAGGCGGCGGUGAAGAGCAGCCGGCUGGAGGGGAGCGAGGAGACGGACGAGCCCGGCGGAGAGUUCUUCCACGACGUCAACAUGAGGAUCACCAUCCCGCGCAGGGCCCGGAUGAAGGACCAGUUCGGGAACCAGCCGCCCGAGUCCGUCCCCAGGACCAAGAAGCCCAAACUCGCGGCCAGCAAGUGCGAAAGCAUCAUCCUGGAGUGUCGCAGCAUCCGGAUCGGGACGCUGCGGAGGAUGGUGAAGAAACCGGUGGUGUUUUCCAUCGACCACAUCGAGCUGGAGACUGAAGGCCCUAGCGGCGGCGGCGUGGAGACGGUGUGUCUCCGGGCCUCGGAGCUCGUCAGCUGCGAGUGGUGCAACGUCAGGAAACUGCCCGUCCUCUUCUUCCAGACGACGCCGGCCGAGUGUCUCCGUCUACGGACGGAGCUGAACAUGAGCCGGGAGGACGAGCUCUGGUACGACUGCAGCGGGGACGAGAUGGACGAGAAGUUCAUCGUGCUGAUCUUCGAGAACGGCCUGGCCAUGAAGGAGCAGAUGAUCCUGGAGGACAUUCUGGCCGCCGUCGGCAGAACCAACAACCUCAGCGACUUCCCGGCCAAGCUGAGCUUCGAGGAGGCUAACAUCCGUCUGGUCAACUACAACCGGGCGGCUAGCAGCUACAGCAGGGCGGCUAGCAGCAAGGUGAACCCGUCCCCCAGCCCUCCCAAGGGCCCCCAGGGCCCCCAGGUAACCCCCCCCAGCACACCUGCCGGGCCCCCCCUCCCCAGCCGGACCCCCACCCGGACCUGCACCCGCCAGCAGACCCGCACCUUCUUCCAGGAGGACGAGGACAUGACGGACCUGCAGCCCACCUUCUCCGGACCCAUCGUCAAGUUGAUGGUGUACCCCCCCCCUCCGGCCAAAGGAGGGAUGUCCGUCACCAACGAAGACCUGCACUGUCUCAACGACGGGGAGUUCCUCAACGACGUCAUCAUCGACUUCUACCUGAAGUACCUGGUCCUGGAGAAGCUCAGGAAAGAGGAUUCCCAGAGGAUCCACGUCUUCAGCUCCUUCUUCUACAAGAGGCUGAACCUGCGGGAGCGACGCAACGGACCCGACACCGCUAACCUGCCGAUCCAGAAGAGGAAACACAACCGGGUGAAGACCUGGACCCGACACGUGGAUCUGUUCCAGAAGGAUUUCAUCUUCGUCCCCAUCAACGAGUCGGCUCACUGGUACCUGGCCGUGAUCUGCUUCCCGGGCCUGGAGGCCCCGGUUCUGGAGCCCAGCCCGCUGGUCCGGGGUCUAGACCUGGUCCCAGGACCAGGACCAGGACCAGAGCCGGGCCAGGACCCGGGUCUGGGUCCAGAGGAGAACUUCCCGGACCACUGCCGGCCUCUGUCCCCCGACGGAGACGACAGCUGCUCGGACCGGUCCUCCCCCCCGGUACCGGAGGGGCCCGUGGGGGGCCCGGGGGACCACCACCCGGUUCUGGGGGGUCUGAGGGACCAGGACCCGGACCGGGGGAGCUCCGCCCACACGGGGGCGGGGCCAGAGCCGCUGGGGGCGGGGCCAGACCCGCUGGGGGCGGGGCCAGCCGACCCGGAGCAGCAGCAGUACUCCAGUGAGCUCCACCGGAUCAGCGUCUGCUACGGUUCAGUGAAGGACGACGACGACACGUUCAACUUCUCUGACGACCAGAGUUCCUGCCAGGAUGAGUGCAGUGAGGACGGGUCCCCCCCCCUCCCCGACGACCCCCCCAGUUCCAGCUCGUCCCCCCUGAAGACGACCGUCUGCAGACAGCCCUGCAUCCUCAUCAUGGACUCACUGAGGGGCCCGACCCGGUCGGGGGUGGUGAAGACGCUCAGAGAGUACCUGGAGGUGGAGUGGCAGGUCCGGAAGGGCAGCCAGAGAAGCUUCAGGAAGGACGUGGUCAAAGGUUCCAGUCCCCGAGUUCCCCAGCAGGACAAUUUCAGCGACUGUGGAGUUUAUGUCCUGCAGUACGUGGAGAGCUUCUUCGAGAACCCGGUCCGGUCCUUCCAGCUGCCCCUCAGUCUGCAGGACUGGUUCCCCCCGACCCGGAUGAAGACCAAACGGGACGAGAUCCGGAACCUGAUCCUGCAGAUCCAGCAGAACCAGAACCAGAACCUGGACCGGGUCGGACCGGACCCAGACCUAGACCUGGAACCGGGCCGGACCAGGCCCGGGUCUCCGGAGGAACCGGAGGUCGAGGAGACGUGAACCGGACCGGGUCGGACCGGUACCAGGACCUGCUGGUUCCACCGGGUCGGACUGGACCGGACCCGGACUAAACCGGGUCAAACCGGACCUGCUGGUUCCGCCGGGUCAUUGGGACGAUUCACUCCGAUUCUGGACGAUUCUACUGCCGUCGGAGGCCCUGCGACCCGGUUCUGGUUCUGGUUCAGAUACCAGGUUCCGGCCAGAACCAGAACCAGAACCGACCCAGUUCCAGUUCCGUUAUUUUUACGCUUCAUUUGUUCAAAAGGACGAUGUGAAACCGGGACAGAACUGUUGGAGAGUCCGGCCCGGUUCUGUUGGGCCCGGUUCUGGACUGGUAGUUCUUGUUGUUUCUUGUGGGUCAUUUGGGUCAGAACCGUUUCAUCAUUAAAACUUUCAUGUUCCGACGCUGCUGCAGUUUGUGUUUCUGAGGCCAGAACCGGGUCAGAACCGGGUCGGGUCACCACCAGAACCUCCGGCCCGGUCCAGCUCUGGCUCCGCCCCCUCCGGCCCGGACCGGCCAAUGGCUGCGGAGCAUCGGUUCUGGAGGAGGAGCCUGAACCAGAACCAACGUCUACAGGACCGGUUCAGGUUCCGGGUCAGAACCAGAACCGAACAGGACUUUAUAAACUCACCAGUUCAACACGAGUUAAUUAAUUAAUUAAUUAAUUGGUUAAAUCGUUAAAUGUAUUAAAGGUUUGA